UCUCCGAUAUUGCAAAUAAGAGGGAUCCCUCCGGGGAGAGCCUUCACCACUUUCCUCUGGCCGGCCGGAACAAUGGCCGCACUUCACGUCUUCCUGGCUACCAUAUCCAUCUUCGCACUGCGGCAGGGCACCUCAGGACAUUCCUACCCGGAACUUCAGCCACGAGUGCAAAGAUACCAAAACCCAGGCCAUUGCUAUCCCAACAAUGGCGACUGGGUCAUGAUGAAGAGAAAUUACGCCUACGAUCCACACUUCGGCGGAACCGCUAAAUGCGUGAAAUAUGAGAGAAUUGGACCGUUCAUGGGUAACAGCAUGAACGUGAGGUUCUCUUGGUGUCAGGAUGGUUAUGGACGUGGAUGCGGUUCAAGUGUCGGCCGUUAUGUCCUCACUUCUACUCCAGGAUACAGAGCAAGGAAUAAGUACAACUUUUUGGCCUUCAACGGCGCGGACAAUUUCCAAAUGCAUACGAUCUACAAAGAUUGCAACACUUGCUUCGUUGGACGUUAUCGCCAUGCUGAUAACGGAUAUGGCUGUGCCAUGUGGCGUCGUGUGUCUCCCACGCUCAGCGAACCUGCCAGCUAUUGCGACUUCAUCUUCGAUCUGUUCUGCGGCGGCGCUCCCCAGUACCAUAUGUACGAUCCGUCAUGCAAUAGGGCACUCGGCAUUUACGGGAGCCACAACUACGGCUGGUGGAAAAAUAUGAUCACUUUCAAAUGAGUUUGUUGGCCCUCUCUUGAGUAUGGCACACUUACUGAAAUAAAGCUUCCUUUCUGUUG